AUGUCACCCCACCAUUCCGUAAACAAACAAACAAACGCCAUCACAAUCACGACCACGAUCACGAUCACCGAUACCACCAUCAACGAUACUUUCAUCACGAUCACCGAUACCAUCAUCUUAAGUAUGGAUAAUACAACCCUCCCUCCUGCGCAGCCAGAUUUCGCUGUCAUUGCCGAUGUCUUUCAGACUGCUUCGAACGAAAUCAGGAAAGCACAAAACCUCCCUGCAAUCACUGGCGGCGAACACAUCCUAGUCGAGCUUCAGCAAAUAGGUGACCGACUGACUAGUCUUGAUCAAAAUGUUUCAGCAAUUCAUCGAGACCUUACGGCUACCCGUCAAGACGUUACGGCUACCCAUCAAGACCUUACGGCUACCCGUCAAGACCUUACGGCUACCCGUCAAGACCUCCUAACUAUGAUGACCGUAGCAAAUCAUAACAACGCUGCCCGUGUCCAGAACACCUACAUUGCAAACCGAUCCGAAUCUCUCUCUCCACUGCUUAACCCCUCGAACGGUGCUCUUAUUCCAGAAUUCCCUGCCACAUCUGCAGAUCUUGGGCAGAUGGCUAGGCAACAGGUGGAUGUUGUGCUACAACAGUUGGGCCUUCAAACUGCCAAUAGUACAAAUUUAGCGGCGAGGAAGAGAAUGUUAAGAGCUCAUAUCGGCUUGAGAGAGAUCGUCCAAGCACCUCCGUAG